UCACCCACACAGACUGAGAUAACUGAUGCACCGGCAAUGUCAAAGUUGUCACGUUAUUAAGCGACCUCGGGGAUGUAUUAAUGAUCACAUAAACCUAAUUUAAACGAGAAUAACGGAAGAUAACCUUCGUUAGAAACAUCGGUUUACAUUUUUGAAGGCCGGCUUGAUUCCUUUUUUCUUUCUAGCCUCUUGUAGGCGUCGGAACUCGACAAGAUGCGCGUCAACAUUCAGAUGUUGAUAUCCCAUGGCCGGGUGGCCCGUAAAAUGGGUCUCGGUCCAGAGUCGCGAAUAAACAUGCUUCGGAACAUUCUUACCGGCCUCGUUCGACACGAGAGGAUAGAGACCACCCGAGGCAGAGCAGACGAAGUUCAAUUCUAUGCUGAAAAGUUGAUUGACUAUGCCAAGAAGGGAGACACUGACGAGAAAGCGAUGAAAAUGGCAAAUUUCUGGCUCACAGAAAAGGAUCUGAUCCCAAAGCUCUUCAAGGUCCUGGCUCCCAGGUUUGAGACCCAGCCCAAAGCCUACACCCGCAUGGCCCGCAUUCCCAACAGGGAGAACCUGGACAGGGCUGCUAUGGCCGUGCUGGAGUAUAAAGGCAACCCGUUCCCACCUCUCCAGACCGCCAAACGAGACAAUGAACUCACGCUACUCAACCAGCUCCUCAAAGGCUACAGAGAACAGCGGGCACAGCAGGCAGCAGCCAAGGUUGAGGCAUCAUGCAACCAGCCACACUGACAUUACAUGUAUUACAGUUUUUAGAUGUCUGGCUACAGUAUUUGACUUUCUAUGGACUCCACAAAAUAAAUGUGAUUGUUUGACAAUGUUACGAGUUCUGUUUAUGGCACUACUGUGAAUUUAAGAUGUGCUUAAAUCAAACAGGUUUGAUAUGCUGUUAUUAUUCCCUCUACCGGUUCAGAAACAUGUCCCCCAAACUUUUCAUUAUCAUCAUGGUUGAUGUCCUGUUUUUAAUCUCUCUACUGAUUCAGAAUAAACAUCAGACAGUGGCAAAUAGAGGCAGGAUGUUUUAUGAAAGCAACCACCUUCAGCCAGACAUAAUCACACACUCAUCAUGAGCUUCCCCAUUCAUUCUAUUUGUUUAGAUUCAAACCGUCUUUUAUUAAGAGCUGCUGUAGAGGUUGGUUUUUAAAUACUGGUAACUACUUGCCAAAAUUACCCCAAACCUAUUGCAAUUACAUUCAAUUGUACCGGCUCUCCGUUCUCCUUUGCCACUUGCCCGUAAGCGUCCCAAUUGUGAGGUUCCAGAAAAGUAAUUGUACUGUACCAAGAUGGAGUAGAUGUUUUGCACGAAUGCCCUUGCCCUUCUACAUCACAUUACACAUUCACACUGGCCAAGGUAUGAAAGAAACAGACCAGGCCUCUAGUAAAACCAACCAUUUUAAUUUGGCAAAAAGUGUAUGUACAGCGUAUUCAGAAUAUCCUAAUUUGACACCAUUAAAAUGCACUCAUUUCGAACAGUGCUUCAGUAAUGUGCUCUUAACCAGACCCUUCUAAAUAACCAGGAAGCUGUGCUGUUGUCUGUCAUGCAUAUAAAACCCUCACUCAUUUCCCGUUGCUCUUCUACUUGUGUCUGUGUAUAAUAGACAAAUACCAUAGAUAAGUUGAUCAUGCAGCUUGUUGUACAGGAUGACUGGAACCUGUCUGUCAAAAUCUAUUCAGUCAAGUAAUGGCAUCUGUAACCAUGGACAACAGUGGACUGUAAUGGCAAUAGAGACAAAUAUAUAUAUACGCCUACAGAGACAACCUUUAGAACACCAGAACGAUCUAAUUAAAGUGUCAUUCUUUUUUAGACUACAUUAUACCUUUGACUGUAUGUUCUCAUGUACAUAACAUGUGCUGUACCAGUCUGACCAAACCAAGCCUACUCCAGACAUUGUCUUUCUGUAGUAAAGGGCUAUUAAUUAAACCAUUAGAAACAGUCAA